AUGGCUAUGGAUCCGUUUCGACCUUCCUCCCGAAGCACGUUCCGCUCACGACGCUCCCAUCCUUCGUUGAGCCACAUUUCCCUCGCUCCCCUUACUCCUCGGUUUCCUAUAGAUGAUUCGCCGCAGCAGGGUGACUCUUUCACUGACAGCCAUGGCGACUAUCCCCAUCGUCAGCAAUUCGCCAGAACCUCCUAUCUCUCCAGCUCCUCGGUGCCAAGCACUCCGCCGAUCCUCUCGCAUUCUCGCAGUAGUUCUCGCACACGGCAUUACAAGCGGAGCAAGAGCUCCAGUCGUGUCCUGAGUGACACGAAUCUGUCAAGUCUGGGUGCGACUCUGCCAUUGCACCAUCAUGGCGGCGGAAAGAAGAGUGACCGUUCUCCCGGAGCUGCACUAUUGCCCGAGAGGACUACUCGUCGGGACUCCGAGUGGCUGCUACGAGCGGGCCUCGCGCUGGCCUCUUCAACUCGUGAAGAGAAAGGCCAGAGUUGGCUUGUCAAGCGAGAAAGCUCGACAAGCUUGGUCUCCGAUGCAGACUACGACGACGACCGGUCCACGCAGCACGGGAGGAGUAGUCGCAGGCCUCGAUCGGGCCUAUCGACACCUGCUGCCCCCUCUAGGCGGGGAUCGCGCUCCCGCGGAGCCAGCCGAGCGGACCUCUCCAUGACCGCUUUGGAUACCGUAAGCUCGACCCAACGGUAUCAGUCCCGCAAGUCCAGUGCGGCGAGUGAACAUCGCAACCUCGUUCCGGAUUUUGUGGAUGAGCGGAUCCGGGCCGAGAUGGCGUCCAUCCAACAACGCGAUGGCAUUGAAGACGAAGAAUCCCUUUCGGCGUUUGCCUCCGAUUCUGAAGACGAUCUUGAUGAGACAGAGUUACAACCUCUGACACGGGAACACGGGUUUGGCCUGGGUAGCUGGAUCGAUCGACUUGUCGGAUGGACACUCUUUGGUGUGGAGGAGGAAUGGCCCGCGGAGCCUUCUGUGGAUCGGGCUAGCCACGCUGUAACCUUUAGUGACAGCCAGGAAGCCCUCCAGGCAGAGGAGGCUGAUGAGAAUAACGAUGAUGACGACGAUGAUUCGUCUCUCAGGAAUGAUGAACUGACUCGGCCUGUUGAGAAGGCUGGGGAUCAAGGCGGCUGGGCCGACGCGAGAUGGUUUUUCCGGCUUGCAAGAAAUGCCAUUAUGUGA